AUGGCUCUCACAAGAUGUGACGAGGCACAUGACAAGCGUGAGAAUAUGAAUGUGUUGACACAUAUAAACAUCAGAUAUGAUGGCCUCUCCCUUAUCUCCACUAUUAUGUAUCGACAACCAGGACCGGACCCGAACAGCAGAUUUGACGCCCCCACGCUUGAUUGGCCCCUAGAGCCGGUAUCCCGAACCAAUCGCAACUUCCUACCGACACCACCCAGAAGCAACCGCACGUCGCUCGAGGAGUCCCAGGGUCCACCAGAACCUUCGCGCGCUAUCCAAACUCUUGCACCAGUCGUAUCACCCACGAAAGUGGACAUACCGCCUGGUCAUUUGACUCCUCCAACGUCCCCAUCCAGUCCAGGGCAAGAAACCCCCGACUCUAUUUUGAAGUCUCUUAAGAACGUUGCAAACAGAGUAGUAUCCAGCGUUGUAUUGGAAAAUGUGUCAGCCCCUAUGUAUGAAGCAGUUGUCGCAGAAGCCACAAAAAAUGGGGAUUGGCAAGAUGUAAGAGUUGAUUACAACGGGAGUUUGCUCAUUGUACACUGCCCAAGCCUCGGCCACGAAUUUCCUGGGGAUCUCUUUGAUUUGAUGGGUCGUACAGGGAGGUCCUACCCAAGGAAAUAUCAUAGCAGCCGCAUUACCCAGGGCGGGUCAACCACCAUUGAUCUGGUGGUCGGAUCAAAGUCACCGGACUUUAGCCUUUAUGAAGUGAAAGAAGGAAGUGGGCUGGAUCAGAAAGGUGGGAAUGUAAUGCCUACAGUUGCCUUGGAGGUAGGAUAUUACGGGGAAAAGGAAAGGAAAUUGACCCUGGAUGCUGGCCGACUUAUAUGCCUGUCCAAAGGCAUGAUACAGUUGGUGGCAACUAUCGACAUAGAUCACGAGGUGGAAAAGAAAAACAAUGGAAAACGCAAACUGAAAUCCGUCAUCUGGACCCAUUGGGAGAUGGAUCCAGAGUAUCCGAAGUUGGUUGAAGAGCAUGAAAGGUAUGAGCUGAAUGAGCUCAUUCCUGAAACAGACGGCGAGCUUCUGAAGAACAAAGAGACCGUCCAGCCAAUCCCUGACGCCUAUCGAGCGGUAGUGACAUUUGCUGGAACUUCCCAUUGGGUUAGAGCCUACAAGUCCAACGUUUAUAAGCUCUUUCCACCCACAGGGAUCAACUCUAUCCCAAUUCUUUAUCGUCAUUUGUUCCGUGACCCACAAGAGGGUGACCAGGAAAACCCUGCAUUUACCAUUCAGACAGCGGAUAUCAUGGCUACCAUUCACAGCUUUGAGGAAGUUCAGAGGGAGAUCGAUGGCACAAAGAAGAGGAAGCCAGAGGAUGUAGACUUGAUUGACAACGAGUUGCUUGCAAGAUUCAAAAGGCGACCAGUCUGUUUCCGCGCAGGCAAGGCCUGGGGCAGAACCCUACCAUACCACUUAGGAACCGAGAAAGAGCAUACUGUGUUUGAAGUGAAAGAACUGGGUCUAACUCCCGCUGCAAAGCUGAUAGCCACCGAACGCAAUCUCUCAUUUCCCCUGUCCAUCUCGGUCAAAAAUCAGGCCUCGAUCUAA